UCAUUUCCGGGUAUGUUGUGUUUGGUUCGCCGGUGCGAACCUGACCUCCAGCCCUCCUCUCCCCGGCUCUCCUGCGCUCUCUCUACCCGGUCUGCUGCUGCUGCUUGUUGGCGGUAUGAGCCGCUGACUCUCCGCGCUGUGCUGUAGCUGUGGCUGUGCUGUGGAGAUGUGGGUUUUCGGUUACGGGUCUCUGAUCUGGAAAGUGGACUUUCCGUACGAGGAGAAGCGCGUGGGCUUCAUUAGGGGAUUCAGCCGCCGGUUCUGGCAGGGGAGCACGGAUCACCGGGGGGUUCCUGGAAAGCCUGGACGUGUGGUGACACUAAUAGAAGAUCCUGAGGGAUGUGUUUGGGGUGUUGCUUACAAGUUGCCUUCAGGACAGGAGAAGGAGGUGAAGGAGUAUCUUGACUACAGGGAGAAAGGAGGAUACAGUGUGCUGACAGUAACCUUCCAUCCUAAAGAAGAAGAUGAGCCGAUGCAAGACACGCUUCUCUACAUCGGCUCACAUGACAACCCGAACUACCUCGGCCCAGCGCCUCUGGAACUGAUCGCCCAGCAGAUCCUGAAGUCUGUAGGUCCCAGCGGGAGGAACACGGAGUACCUGUUUGAGCUGGCUGAGGCUCUGAGACAGCUGGUCCCUGAAGACUCAGAUGAUCACCUGUUCUCUCUUGAGCGGAUGGUCAAGGAUCUGUUGGAGGAGUCAGCUGAGUGACCCCAGCUCAACCUGAUAAUCUGCUCAGCUGGAUGAACUUGCUUCACACCUUAUCCAGGACGGAUCUCCAAAGCGCAGCCAGUUCGUACAGGAAGAGGUGAUCGCUGGCCAAGUCAUCACACUCGCACUUUGCACAGAAUUGUAGCCGAGAGUAUAAAACACAAAACUGAGCUGCAGGGUAACGUCCAACAACUUUACCUCACGAACAGUGUACUGUUUUAGUCUGUAUAUUUAUACACUUUACGUAUUGUCACGAUCACACAAAAACUACACUUUUCAAAUGUUAAUUUGGAAUGGAUCAGUAGAAACAAUCCAAAAUGGCUUGGUUUAAAAGCCUUCCUCUGAAUUACACAGACAUUUAAAAAAGUUUUUUUGUGCGAGAGUGAGAAUAUUUUUAAUAACACAGUUAAAGAAACAAAUUCAAGAAUGGUGUGGGGAAUGUGUGUAUCUCAGUUAUCUGUCUGUCUGUUUCUUUAUUUAAGAAUGUAAAUUAACGUAUUUUAAAUGAGUUAUAUACACUGAGCAUGUCAUGGGACAGGAGGACACACAUGAGUGGACAGACACUGUCCACUGUGGGUGGUAAUGUUGCUUUGCCAUGAUUGUGGCCAGUAUUCAACCUCACAGCUCCCCAGAGGCAACACUUCUUGGUCGAUUAACAAACUGGUAUCCCGUGACUUUUGACAUAGCAGUGUACCAAGCCAUAUUUAUUUUUAUCAUUUUAAGCUUAGGAGGAUGUCAUUAUUACUGAAAGUCUGAUAAGUUAAGAUGGGGAGGAGCAGGGGUGGGCCUACAAGGGAAAAAUGCUGUGUAAUGUAUUAAAGCUGUGUUUCUAUUAAAUACACUGCCUAAUUCA